UCAGCAAUGAGCAACAUGAGUUUUCUUAUUAAGGAGACUGGAUGCAAAGACAAGAGACAUCCACACUCCCUCAGAACUCCAAGCACAGUUAUUCUCCAUUCCCUGGGGCACUGAAGCAAAGUAUUUUUGUGCUGCCAUGACACAGAAUAAGGUGUUAAUCAGCCUGUUGGCAAGUGUGAUAAAGAAGCCCUCACUUGGUCUGUUUCUUCACCUUCACCUGCAAAGCACAUAUGUUACUGGCAAGGCAAAUGCUGUUCAUUGGAAGCGUACUUGACAAUCGCCCAGUUUUACUUCCCAUGCUGUUAUAUUUGAGACUUGGCCUCCUGAGCGCCAGUGGAGCACUGCUACCUCACCAGCUCAUCGUUCCCGAUCGCAUAAGUGAUGGCAAACCACUCGCCUGCUGCUGGCUUGGAGGCAAAGAUAUAUCAACAUAAUUGCAGAUGCAUCUGGUGGUGAGCAACCGAUUCCUAUUUUCUGUCUACAUAAGGCUUGCAAAUGGCAUGUUUUAUAGUAUGAUGCAAGGAACCAUCAUGAAUAUUAUCCUGGGUAUCAAAAUUAAUCAGCUUUGAAAUUCAACUGCCGGUAUUUUACCUUGAGGCUCAGAAGAGUCUGGAGACUCAGGACUUAAGAGAUUCUUCGAAUGUUUUCUCCAGUGUGCUCUGGAGCUGUAGUGUAAGCCCUGUGUAUUGAAAGAUGGUGCUUAAGCCUCGCAUUAUUUCAAUCCAACCUACAAACCUUAUGAAAAACUAACUCAGGAACACGUGGGAGAAAGAUCAAUGCUACUUUGUCCUAGAUGGCUUUCAGGACACCGGGAUCCGCGGAGCUGCCAGCCGGUGUGGCCGUUUGUGCGUUGUGAUUUCUUGCUCACGCAGCCCGGCUCGAUGUGAGCGUGGAGGCUCGCUGGGUGGCCACCUUCCAGAUCUUCCAUAGGAGCCACACUGCCUGGUGUCGGAAGCUUUGUGCCCCUGAGGUUUCCUUCCCGUUCUCCAGGAGUCAAGGGAGCUCUGUCUCUGACAAUGAUGAAAACCGAGGGCAAAGGGGAAAGGACUUUAAGAAGUGCUUCUCCACACCGCAAUGCCUAUAAAUCUGACUUCCAUGCUAUCAAAUGCUCUUUUGAUGGAGUAAACAAUCCUGAAAACACUUCCAACAAAACAGGCUUGCAACAGAAGCUGAGCGCCUCUUCCAAUGGCGGGGGAAAUGACCCACACAGUCGAGGGAGGGCUGCCACUUACGGCAAUAGGGUUCACAAGAUCAAAAAUAUGUUUCUGCAAAUGGGAGGCUCCGCUUCCACACCCUCUUGUGAAAGCAGUCCACCUGCUGAGACCAAAUUAAUCAGCCGGACCACAGCAGCUGAAUAUGGACCUUCUCCAGGUAGCCCAUCUUUCCUCACUGUCCAAAAAAAUAAUCUCCACAAUACAAGUACCAGCCCCAACAGCAGUCCUGUGGAUUCGUUGUCUGUGCCUUCUACUGCCGACAAGGUCACCCGUAGCAAUGACGAGGCAGACUUGGACAAAGUUGCCCUGGCAGAAAAGUUUUCGGAGACGAGGAAGCUAUUUGAGAGAAAUAUAAAACAGCGAAGCUCAGUGGACAGAUAUUCUCCCAGCAAAUGUGAAAAAAAUGAAGAUAAGAGGAGACAUGGCUCUGCUUCUGAUUGCAGCAGCGUGGGGGACCACUUCAGUUUUAAUACUGAAGUCAGUCCUCCAGCUGUGCUGGAGAAAGUCGAAAAUCAAGGUAAUGAGUUGAGGCAGCAACAUACCAAUAAUGCUUCCAAAUCCUCCUUCCUGAAUGCAGGACCCAUUUCCAGGAGGCUUGAAAGCUUCCUGGGUGACAGUGAUACUGAAGAAUCCAAAGAAAUUUCCAAAAAUGAUAGUCCGAAUCAGGACCAUUUGAGAGAACCCUGUGGUUUGGAUUCAUCUGCUGCUGUUGAAAAAUGUCCAGAGAAGACUGCGUCCACCAAAGUGCCUGUGACCAUCAGAGAUGAGCUGAGUGAGGUACUUGAAAAAGAUAAGAAAGAGCAACUGGUGCUUGAGAGAAGCCUGCAGGAUAUGAGCAGCGUACCUGGUCAGGAGGCAAAGUGGAGAACAGAGACUGUUUUCUCAUGGGUUUCCCCCAUAGAGGGGACUUGUGCGGAGCUGGCUGUGCAAGAUGAAACCUCAGGGCAUGAGAAAGAAGGUUUGGAGAAAGAUCAUGUUCAUGAGGAUCAGCUGCUCAAAUACCAAGCACAGGAAGGGAAAAGGAGUGACUAUUCUGUGGAGGUAGUAGAAGAGUUUGCAGAAAACAGUGAGACCAAUCAGGAAGAAGUGAGAGAUGGGAUGUCUGGGAAGGAUGGUUCAGUUACACAAGGUCAGGGUGUUCUAGAGCGGGAAGGGGAUCCUGAAGAAGAUGAGGAACACGGAGUAGAAAAGCAGAGGGGGAACUUCAGCGCUUUUGGAAUAGAAAAUGCAGCUUUUGAUGAUGAUAGGGGCACAGAGCCAGAAAACCAAGGGCCUGAAGGCAAAGAAAUUUUGGAGGGAGAGGAGGAGUAUAUGUACGACAGUGAAUAUGAGGAAUUUCCUGGACUUUCUGAAGAGGAAGAUCCUGAGCCAGACCGAAAAGUCAAGUUCUCAACAGCUCCUAUCAAGGUUUUCAGUACUUACUCAAAUGAAGAUUAUGAUAGACGUAACGAAGAAGUUGACCCUGUAGCAGCCUCAGCUGAGUACGAACUUGAGAAAAGAGUGGAAAAAAUGGAAGUGUUUCCUGUGGAAAUCGAAAAAGGUGACAGCGGUCUGGGUAUCAGUAUUAUUGGAAUGGGAGUUGGUGCUGAUCAGGGACUAGAAAAACUGGGCAUUUUUGUAAAAACAAUAACAGAUGGUGGAGCUGCUCAGAGAGAUGGACGAAUUCAAGUAAAUGAUCAGAUUGUUGAGGUUGAUGGCAUAAGUCUAGUUGGAGUUACUCAGUUCUUUGCAGCUACUGUACUAAAAAACACCAAAGGCACAGUGAGGUUUCUGAUCGGCAGAGAAAAGCCAGGGACUCAGAGUGAAGUAGCCCGCCUCAUUAGUGAGACUUUAGAGCAGGAGAGAUGUCUGUAUGAGCAGCACUAUGUUCAUGAUGAUACAGAGCAGGAUGAUGACUAUGAUGACGAUGAUGAUACAUAUGAAUCACAUUUACAUGAAAAAUCUGUAGAAGUUUUUGAUCUUCCUGAAAAUGAAGAUAUCAAUUUACCGCUGGAUAUGGAUUCAGCACAGUCUCUUCUUAAAUUUAAAGAGCUACAACUAAAACAUGCAGUAACAGUAGCUGAAGUGAACCAAUUGAAGGAGAAGUUAAAAAUUGUUGAAGCAGAAAAAGCUGAAUGGAAAUUAAAUCGAACCCAACUUCAGCAAAACCUAGAGGAAAACAAAGAGAAAAUUAAAAAGUUAGAGACUUACUGGUUGGAAGCUCAGAGUUUAUGCAAAACGGUGAAUGAGCAUCUUAAAGAAACUCAAGAACAAUAUGAUGCCCUUGAAAAGAAAUAUAACAAGGCCAAGAAAUUGCUCAAAGAUUACCAACAAAAAGAAAUGGAAUUUAUGAAGAAAGAGGAGGAUCAUUCAAGGGUACUUGAAGAGAGAGAUCAGAAGUACGCAGAACAGCUGAAAAUACAUCAGGAAAAGAUUACAGAGCUUGAAAAUAAACUAAAAGUAUAUGAAAGAAUGCCAUAUAUGUUUGGAGGUGGCAGUUUAUUGGAAGAUGUCUGUCAAAAUGCAGGCCAGUAUAAUGAGCAGUCAAAGAUAAGAGAAGAAAAUGAAAAAGAAACAGAAUCAGUAGAGGAAAGACUAAAUUCUUCAGAGAUGUUAAUUUCUGAUUUUGAUGCUUUUGUUGGGGAUACUCCCAGGUUAGACACCAGUGCCCACAAAGCAAAAGCUCAGCUUGCUUUGAAAGUAAAACGCCAGCCACCUUCUCGAUCAAAGCUGAAAGAAUCUCUUGGUGCUGGACAACAGGCUGCAAAUCUACAGGAUGAGGAUUCAGAAGAUCCUAUUCUCAACAGAGAAGCUUCUGCUGCAUACAUAACACAGACCUUAGAAAUAAGUGAAAAAUUAACUCUGCCCCACUUGGAUGACAUAAAUCGAAAAAGUGAAAAGCCUGAACAAAGAGAAAGCACAGAAAGUCCAUUAGAGUCAAGCCCUUCUGCUUCCACACACUCUUCUCCAGUACACAAACCAAACAACGAAAACAGCACAACCACCACUCAUUCACCUCCUCCUGAAGAGAUGGCUCCAAAUUCUCCGCAAGGGUAUACCAAGAAUAUUAAGCAAAGAGAAGCAAAAGGGAAAGGAAAAGAGACCAGGGCAGAAGAAAAGAAAAAUGAAGACAAAACAGAAGCAAAUGAAGGAACAUCAUCAGGGAAGUCCAAGAGGCGAUUUCCAGAUUUUGGUGGAUUGCGGAAAUCUGGGGGCAAGGGCAAGAAACAAGAAAAAGAAAAUCUAAGAGGUUCGCUGGAUAGCAGAGGUUCUCGAGAACUGUUGGAUGACUCUGGCAACAAUCUAUCCGCAUCAGAUUCAGAUUCUCCUGUUCCUACUUGUAUGCCUUUCUCGUGGUUUGGAGACAGUCACAAGGAGCCUCAGAUUUCUAGUAGUAGUCUGCACUUUCCUCAGAGCGGACAGGACAGUUGCGAACAUGGUCAAGAGAAGAACAGAAGCAAGAGUAGAAUUGUCAUAGAUGAUACAUACCAUAGCAAGCCAAGUUGUGAACUUUCAGGGUUAGUGACAGAACCAAAUCUGUCAGGUCGUUCACACACUUUAACCUUCUCUUCAAAUGAGGCAUUAGAUGAUGAAUUUACAACAACAGGAAAACAAAAUCAAUGGCACAAUAGACCUAUUUCUGAGUGGACCACCCAGCAAGUAUGCCACUGGCUAAUGGGAAUGAACAUGGAGCAGUAUAUUACGGAGUUCACAGCUAUGAACAUAGAUGGCCAGCAGUUAAUGCAACUCGACAGUGAGAAGUUAAAGGCUCUGGGAGUUUCCAGUCAAAAUGACCGAUCAACAAUAAAGAAAAAAAUUAAGGAUAUUAGAAAAGCACAAGAAAAACUGGAAAAACAAAAGGAAAAAUUUCAAAAGAAGGAGAGAGAAGUUCGCAAGACUGGUAGAGUGGUAACCACUCUUGAAUCAAGCUGCUAAGGUGACCCUGCUUUGUUUUAGUUCAAAUUGCUUCACCUUGAAGUUCUGCAGAUUUGUAUAUAAUUGUACAAUUGAGGGAGGAGGGAAAGUGCAACAGUUUAACAUGGUAGGGUUUUUUUACUUUUUAAUAAUAGUCCCUCCCCAUUACAACGCAAUAAAAUGAAAUGUUUUCAGUAUUUUUAUUCCUAGUUGACUCUGCCUGUACUAAUACUAAUUUAACUUCCUGCCUUAAUAUUUGUGCUUCUAAGACCUCAUGUGCCCUUUUCGUUGAAAUUUCUACAUGUUUGUGAAAAGUAGAAUACUGUGUUUAAAAUCAUUCCAAUAUUAGUCAACUAGAAUUUCGUAGAGUUGAAUCUGAUAGAGGGACAAUAGAAAAAUCCUGCCAACAAAUUCAGUCUGUGACAGUCUGUUUAUCUGUUGCCACUAAAGAUGUAUAGUAAAAAUUGUUUAAGAAAACAGUAAUGUCAAAUUAAUUUAAAAAGAAAGCAUGUAUUUCAAAUUUAUGAAGUAUUUUCUUUAAAUUCUUGUAUUUUUGGCAUGAUCUGUUUCAUGCGAAGUCCACUGUAGUACCACUUUGUUUUUGAAUUCCAUGUGUUGCAAUUUAGUGAGAAAAUAACAAGAAAUAUUAAGUAGUUUCACAAACUACAUAUCCUAAUCAUAGUAUUCAGUUUUCCACACACUACCCUUAUGGUGUUGGGACAAGGUUUAAACCUAUACAUAAGAUCUUUUUUAACCUAUUUUUUCCUAAAUAAUACAUAGUUUUAUAGAUUUAUGCUACAAGUAAGAUCAAUUUGCAAUACAUGUAUUUCUCUUUUCUACUUGCUACAAGAUUUUUGCGGACCAAAUUUAUAUAUUUGCUAAUUUUAAAAUACGCUGUUUUUCAAACUUAAAAUACUGAGGGAAGAAUUGUAGGAAAAACUACCACCGAAGCACUGGGUUUCUGCAUUGUAUUUAAAUAUGUUCAAUUGUAGACUACAAAUUAUUUCUUUUUAAAGGAGGAUUUGAUAUGCCAUAUAGUUUAGAACAUGAAUUGGUGUUUUGUAUAUUUACCUACUCUUUGAUAGAUAUUACAACAGCACUUCUUUAUUUAGAUUAUUCCAGAAACAAACUAAGUAUCAGUUCCACCAUAAAAUGGACUAGAACAAAACUUACAUCAUUUGUGUAUGUGGACCAAGUUCUCCUUUAAAUCUAUGGACUGUUUUUCAUUUUAAUUAAAUGAAUGGACUUCA